AUGCGAUAUCGAUUGACGCGUUUGCUUCAGUCAUCGGACUUCCCACCACCACUGCCAAAUGCUCUGCGUGUAUAUCUGGAAAAUGGUCAGACAAGGUCUUUCAGAUACGAUGAUUCAACCACAGUCAAGGAUAUUCUGAAUUCAAUCUUCUCCAAGCUACAACUGCGGGCGAAGCAAUAUUUUGCGCUCGCUAUUGAAUACUCCUUAGGUGCUCGAUCGAGUCGAAUCAGUUUGCUGAGACCUGAGACAAAGAUCGUUACGAUAUCCGGAUGCCAAAUUCUGACCAUCUGCGAUGUGUGUUCCGAUUUCGCGUUCAUCCCAAAGGAUAUCGAAGCGCUAUGGUUGGAAGACCCUCGAGCUCUCGAUUACUACUAUCAGCAGUGCACAGCCGAUGUCGUGCGAGGCCGAUAUGCAUUUGAGAUGAGGUAUGAGGCCUGUGUUCGGUUAGCAGCCCUUCACAUGCAGCAGGUUACCAUCGAAUCGAAUCUGCUCAAGGAGAACAAUACCGUCUCAUUGACUAGAUUAGUAUCUGAAUAUGGCCUGAACUCAUUUUUGCCGUCGAUUCUACUGGAAAACGUGAAGCGUCGGGAAAUUCGGAAACACGUCCGUUAUUAUCUGAAGAAAGAUAGUGUAAAGUUGAGCGAGAGCUUAACAAAACAAGGCUCACGAUGUGACGGGCAGCAAUCCUUUCUCUCAUUGCGGGUAACCGAUCCGUCGGUAUCAUUACGUGUACGUUAUUUGGAUCUGCUCUCACAUCUGCCGUCAUUUGGAGGACGAGGUUUUUCGGUGACUUUCAAGGAAAGCCAGAUCGAUAUGAUUAUGCAGAUCGAUCCUCGAAUAGGACUACUCGUUCGGCAUCCCGGCAAAACGGGUCGACCGACGAUAUCGAUUGAUUACGAUCUUAUUGAUCGGCUAGUGGUUCGACGAGAUUCAGAAAUUUCGUCGUUGAUCAGUAUUCGACUGAAAAGCAAUCCUGACCAGGGCCUUGAAUUCCUCGUAGACAAAGAUGACAUCGAUGACCUCGUUGGCUACAUCUGCGGCUAUCAGUUGAUCCAUUGUAAUCGACAACUGGCUUGCGAUUUCGACGAAACUCCGCCUUCUCAAAUACAACCGCCAACUAACCCUCCGCCCUACUCGGCUGUUCACAAAGUGAUUCCAUGCGGAUGGAAUUACUCAAGUGAUAUCACUUCAAGUGAUCAGAGCCUUGAUUUGACGUCCGAACCACCACCAUACGAACUGGCGAAUUCAUUCGCCGAGUCACUGGAUGAGAAGAGAACGGCUAGCCAUAGUCCAAAGUCAGAGAAAAGCAGGUCACCAGUGUCGUCGCGACGAAACUCUGACGUCACAAAGAAGCUGCUCAAAGCCACCGAUUCACUUUUAACGAAGAACUGCCAGAAGUUACAGCGAAAGGAAAACGGCAGUCCAUUAGCACCAAGAUCGGCACGUCAGAUGGAAUCAGUGUCCGACUCGUCGGAUGCAGAAGACUCGUCGUGGAGCAGUCCUGUAAGAAGUCCAUUCAUUGAUGGCGCGAUCAGGAAGAUGAUGAAUGGACGGAAUGGUGUACGAGCCCGGCCGGCGAGAAUCCAUCGAGACAGAGCAGUAGCGUUCAGCGAACAGGUUCCCAACCUGGAGACGCUCAUUCUCUUCUAUCAGGACAGUAACGGAGUGAAAUCAAAAAUGGCUCAGGUCAAGGAAAAUGGAGCUACUGCAGCAAUCAGCCAAGGAGAUGACCGCAACGUCGUGGCGGCUCCAAUGGCCUCUAUCGAAGAAGAGAUGACAAUCAGUCAGAUCACAGCCGCUUCCUGA